AUGUUUAAUUGUUUAAAGAUUCAAUAAGCACCAUUUGUCUCAAUUAAUCGCUUUGAUAUUUGGAUAGCCUAAGGAAUGAGCGAUAUAUCUAAUAAUAAAUUACACAUAUGCAAGACAUAUACCCGGAUUCAAGUCAAAUUACCACAGGUGAUUCUAUAUCAGAUUCUGAAUCCAAUACACUAUCACAUUUGAUGCGAACCUGGGACAAUGAGUAGCCAGCACCAGUACAUGAGCGUCAACAACACACCAAGUGCACGCAUUGGCGAUAUUGAACACAUUAGCCACCUGUCGGAACACAUAGGUUCGCUGUGCCUAUCCUCAGAGUACUCGGAUGUGACGCUCAUCGUGGAGGGGCAGCGGAUACCCGCGCACAAGGUCAUCCUGGCUGCCAGCAGUGACUACUUCAGGGCGCUGCUGUAUGGCGGCAUGAGAGAGGCGAACCAGGCCGAAGUAGAGUUGCAAGCGCCACUACAAGCCUUCAAGGCGCUCCUUCGAUAUGUUUACUCAGGUCACAUGGGUCUCUCGAUGCUGCGAGAAGACACAGUGCUGGACAUGCUAGGGCUAGCGCAUCAGUUCAACUUCCAGGAGUUGGAGACAGCCAUAUCUGACUACCUGAGGCAGGUGCUCGCGCUUAGGAACGUCUGCUCCGUGCUCGAUGCUGCCAGAUUGUAUGGACUGAAGGCGCUCAUGGACUACUGCUACAAUUUCUUAGACAGGAAUGCUGUUGAAGUAUUGCAACAUGACACGUUCCUGCAACUUUCUGUGGAAGCGCUACAAGGUCUCCUAGAACGCGAUUCAUUCUUCGCGCCCGAAGCCGACAUAUUCAAAGCGGUGUGCAACUGGUUCAACGCUAACCAGCAGUGGGUCAAGUCAGAGGCGGGACAGGCGCAAGUGGAAAAAAUCCUGAAAUGCGUGCGUCUAACCCUGAUGACCUUGGAGGAACUGCUGACCGUAGUCCGACCCUUCUCGCUGGUGACGCCCGACAUGCUGCUCGAUGCUAUACAGGAGAAGACGCAGACUAAGAGCACUGAUCUACGCCACCGAGGAUUGCUGUUGCCGGAGGAGAACGUAGCGACUCCAAAGCGUGGAGCCCGGGUGAUCUCUGGCGACAUGCGCUCUGCCCUGCUGGACGGUGACACGGAGACAUAUGACAUGGAGCGAGGGUACACCCGGCAUACCAUCAGCGAUGCCCCGGAUAACCCGGGCAUCAUUGUCAGGCUGGCCACGUCUACUAUUAUCAACAAUAUCAGGCUGCUGCUGUGGGAUAGAGAUAACAGAUCAUACGCGUACUACAUCGAGGUGUCAGUGGACCAGAAGGACUGGGUGCGCGUGAUCGACCACAGCAACUACUUCUGUCGCUCCUGGCAGAACCUGUACUUCGAGCCGCGCGUCGUGCAGUACAUCAAACUGGUCGGCACCAGUAACACCGUCAAUAAGGUGUUCCACGCGGUGGCGCUAGAGGCCCGUCACACAUCGCGCGUGCCGCCGCUGCGCAACGGCCUCGUGGAGCCCACGCACAACGUCGCCACCGUCGAACUGUCCGCCGUCGUCAUUGAGGGGAUCAGUCGUUCCCGCAACGCUUUAAUCAACGGCGACACAGAACACUACGACUGGGACCAGGGCUACACGUGCCACCAGCUGGGCUCGGGCGCCAUCGUGGUGCAGUUGGCGCAGCCCUACCUGCUGGCGUCGCUGCGGCUCCUCCUGUGGGACUGCGAUUACCGACACUACUCGUAUUACGUGGAGACCUCGCUUAACUACUGGGAUUGGGAGAUGGUCUGUGAUAGGACUAGGGAGUCUUGCAGGUCAUGGCAAGUGAUAUACUUCAAGCCGCGUCCAGUGUCCAUCAUUCGUAUCGUCGGCACCAACAACUCCGUCAAUGAGGUGUUCCACCUGGUGCACCUGGAGUGCCCGGCGCAGACGGAGGAGGCGCGCGAGGACCCGGCCGCCAAGAAGCUGCGCCCCGAGCGAGACCACGCGCCCAACCCGCACCACAACGGCUCCACAUCGGAGUCGGCGCCCGCAGGCGGGUCGGGGUCGGGCAGCAGCUCGGGCACCGCGUCGCCGCGCUCGCUGCCGCCCGCCGAGACCGCCACCGAGGCAGAGGAGAGGUACGACGACUGAACACAACGGGCCCACUUAGCUGUCGCAUACACAUGCAUACAAAUUUCUCCGUUAGAUUAUAAAUAUUGUUUCUUUUAUUGUUUACUGUAUGAUAUGUAUCUCUCUCUCUUUCCUGCUACGUAUCCCACAUAGUGGUGGGGUCAACUUUCCUAAUUUUUCGUCCCCAAUUUAUAAUCUGUGUUUUAAAUUGUUAAAUUAUGAAAAAACAUAUUUAUUCAGAUAACCAAAAAUCACGGUAGCUGUAUUGUCAGGCGUGAUUAUUUACUUUACAUUUACAUUAUGAACCUUAAACUGUUUAUUAUUUAACACUAGUUGUUACUCUAUUAACUUGAGGUAAUUUUAAAGAUAAGAAGUGUUUUUUUAAGAAAUUCAAAUGCCCACCAGUUAUGCGGCAGCUAAAUAUGAGUAAUGUUAUAAGGAUUCUACCGAUAUGUUAAUGCAUAUCAUGCCUAAUAGGCAAAGUGGCAGUUUGUAAAUAAACUGCCAUUUUUAAAUUGUGAUGUAUCCAUUUUAAUAAAAUCCACGAAUAUUUCGACUGUUUCUACGAUAAAUAGCAAAUAGAACCUCCUCGUCUUUCGGAGUCGGUUAAAUAGUCUUCCUACCUUGCUCGAUAGGUUUGGAGUUACCUUUUAAUCAUCGAAUUAACUAAAGUUUCAUUUCACAACGAUUUUAUGUUUGUAUAGUUGAUAAAACUGUUCAUUAAAUUCUACUGUCAAACAAAAUAUUUAAUUUCAAAGUAAAGUAUGGGACAUGUAUACUUUUAGUUUAGAGUGAAUAAAAAUCGAAUCAAUUUAAAAUUUUACUAUAAUUUAUCAGAGCUAUAUUUUAUUCAAGCGAUUUAAUUUGCAAUCAGUAUCUUUUGAUGAAUAAAACAAAAGCAUAAUUAGGAUUGAAUUCUCGAUGAUCGGAAUUAUUUAGCACUCAAAGAUCUGCAAUAACUUUGUAAAGUGCAUUGAAUCAUUCACAACAGGACCUGUUUAGUUAUUUAGUGUGUAAGCUUAUGUUUCUAGUCUGUUCUCUGUCGUCGUAAUGUGGCUAUGGUUGAUGCAAAACUAAAUUGUAGAUUAAAAAAUAUUGGGUUUGAUGGAUGGCGAACUAAUUGCGUCUGGUUAUUUUUUCCAGUUAAAUACUUUGGACCAGUUUUAAUAUUUAACUUUCAUGACUGUUCCUAGUGAAGGUAUAAUAAAAAAAGUAAGCGAUUCGGCCAUUAAAAAAAAAUAAUCAUAUCUAGACCUGCUUAGCAGAAUCUCGUUUCAGGGGUUGAGACUAAUUCGGAAGAUUUUUUAACACUAUCUUUUUUCGCUCAAUAUCGACUGUUUGCAUCAUCCCUUCCAUGUUUUCGAACGUUCUAACAAACUUUAUUUUUGUACCAAUACUUGUAAGGCUACAUUUUCACAAAACUUAGUGGCAUAAAUUGUUUACAUGUUAAGAUGUUUGUUUGUGACUAGAAUAGCUUGGGAAUAAGCAAAAAUAUGAUAAGCCCACGUUUAUAGACAUUAAUGUAGAAGUAAUUUUAAUACCCUCAUGUUUUAAGUAUUGUUGAUAUCAUACAUUUCGUCUUCCUCAUUCAACAGUUUACCACAGCUACAAUCUAUAUAAGUUGUUUUGCUUUUGAUGGGCCUAUGACAUGUAGAGAUUGUUCUUUUUGAAUCCAUUUAAAUAAGUGCUUAUUAUGUAGACUGUAGCUUUAGUGGUAUAUUGCCUAAACAUUUUAAAUUGUUACUGUAAUAAACCCAUCAAUUAUCAUUCAUUACGAAAUCUAGAAUUUAGAACAAUGUAUAUUUUGUAAUGUCAUCCACAUGUAAGGAGUUGGAUAAUUUUAUAAUCUGUAAAUUAUUGUUUAUUGUAUAAGUAGUUAUGUCCAGUGUAGGAUACGGUUCGGAUGUUGCUUGUUACUGACUAACAAAAUGGGGAUGAGAAUUAUUGCUGUUCUUAUGGUAACUUCAAGUGGACCAUAAUUUUACAUUCUUGUCAUACAUUGACACAAAUGUUUGUCAAAGGGUUUUGAAACAACGUCAUUUAUUUCAUAAGGAUUCUAUCCCUAGUUUGGUAGUUAAGUAACUUAUGAAUCACUGUGAUAAAGGUUUAAACCCAUUGGUUUGAAAGAUUCUAGACUAAGUUGGAAUUGGCAGUUGAGUAACUUUUGAUAGUGAUUGUAGCAUGUAAGGCAGAGAACACUUAUGGAGCUUAUAAUUAAUAUGUUUAAUAAAAAAAUAUAAAAUA